CAUCUGCCUACUUUAAUUUUUUUCGGCGUUAGUAAUUUUUUCUUUAAUAUAAGUUGUUAUUUAAUUGUGUCAGUACGAUUGUUGCAUUGAUACUAAACAGAUAACGUGAAGAGUGAGAUAAAGCUGUGAUUUUAUUGUAUUUCCAUAUUGAAAGCUCCUUGGUAUUUAUACGCCGGUUCACGUGGGUUUGAAAAGUUGAUUGAUUUUCUGAUGUCGGCCACGGUGAUUUAUUUCUGCUGAUAUAGUACGUGGUGAAGUCAAAGCAAACAAUGAAUAGCGGGGAUGUGGACUUCUCCAAGCAAUUGCCGACUAUAGAAAGAAUACAAGUGUACGGAAUAAGAUGGAUAGUGUUAGGAAUAUUUGUCUUCUAUUCUGCUGUAAAUGCCAUGCAAUGGAUACAAUUUUCGAUUAUAAACGAUGUGGUGGUUAAAUACUAUGGGAUAUCUUCAAUGUGGGUAGAUUGGACUUCCAUAAUAUAUAUGGUUUUAUACGUUCCGUUUGUUUUUCCUGCCAGUUAUUUAUUAGAAAAAUUGGGGCUGCGAAAAUUUGUGAUAAUAGGUAUGUUACUAACAUGCAUAGGCUCGUGGAUUAAAGUAGGUGCAGUGCAUCCAGAUCGUUUUUAUAUAGCUUUUAUUGGACAAACAGUUGCUGGUUUCGCCCAAAUUUUUAUACUGUCCGUACCUGCUAGAUUAGCCGCUGUUUGGUUUGGGCCUUCCCAAGUAUCUUCAGCUUGCAGUAUAGGAGUUUUUGGAAAUCAGUUGGGUGUUGCGUUAGGCUUCCUAUUACCUCCAAUAUUUGUAAGUGCUGAUUCAACUAUUGACCAAAUGACACAUGAUUUUUAUGUUAUGUUCAUUUCUGUCGGUGCGUUCACCACACUACUUCUUGUGAUUAUUAUUUUGUUUUUUAAAGAUAAACCACCGACUCCACCAUCACAUGCUGCUCUUCAACAAGAAUCAGAAACGAUCGAUUUUAUGAAUUCCUUAAAAGAUUUGUGUAAAAAUAAAUCUUUUGUGUUUUUGUUGGUGGCUUACGGAAUAAACGUUGGAGUAUUUUACGCAAUCUCUACUCUUCUUAAUCAGAUUGUAUUACUAUAUUAUCCAGGAGCAAGUGCAGACGCUGGCCGAAUUGGACUUGUCAUUGUGGUAGCUGGUAUGUUAGGAUCUGUUUGUUGUGGCAUUAUACUUGACAAAUAUCAUAAAUUCAAGGAAACCACAUUGGUAGUAUAUGGAUUUUCUCUUGUUGGUAUGGUCAUAUUUACCUUUACUAUAUCUAAAGGAAUUUAUGUUGUGUACAUAAUAUCUGGACUUCUUGGAUUUUUCAUGACUGGCCUCCUACCUGUAGGCUUCGAAUUGGCAGCAGAACUUACCUACCCAGCUCCAGAAGGUACAUCGGCAGGUCUCCUGAACUGCGCGUGCAAUCUCUUUGGAAUCGCAUUUACCAACAUUUACUCCAUCAUCUUAAACCACGUUGGUGAUCAAUGGGCGAAUAUAUCAACCAGUAUAGCUUUAGUCCUAGGGACAAUUCUGAUAGCCUGUACUAGAUCGGACUUAAGGAGGCAGGCAGCACACUCUGAAAAGAAUGACGAGUUUUCUAACGAACGUCAGAGGCUUCUCAUCAACCAAAGUGAAGAUAUAAACUAUACCGAGGAGAUUUAGCUUCUGUCAUUGUCUAUGCACUGUUUAUAGAUAAUAUGAAGACCUAUACCUAGUGUAAAAUUGUGUAUAAUUUUUUACACAAAGAAUAGCAGCACACGAGAUGAAUUUAUAUUAUAUAUAUAUAUAUAUAUAUAUAUAUAUAUAUAUAUAUAUAUAUAUAUAUAUAUAUAUAUAUAUAUAUAUAUAUAUAUAU